AUGCCCGACGCAAAGACCAAAAUCCGCCCCCAGCAAUCAUGUCUCAAAUGCCGUGAGCGCAAAGUGAAGUGCGAUCGCUCUAUCCCUUGCCACGCCUGCAUAAUCCGCGGCCUCGAAGCAGAAUGCACAUACCUCACUACAGCCGAAGACCGCGCCCACAUCAGCCAAGCCGAGAUUAUCGAUCAACUCCGCCGUGAAGUGGCCCAGUUGCGCGGGCGCCUGAAUCAACCCCCGCGAGAUCCCAGCCAGAGUCCCAGUCUGGGCAGUCGGUUGAGUCCGGGUUCCGAUCGCGAUCGGGAUGGGGAUGAGCGGAGACAACACACGCCGGGGUCAGGGUCCGGAGCUGGGGCUGGGGCUGGGGCUGCGCAUGGAUAUUUGAAUCAAUCUCAGUCUCAGCAGGCGAUUAUGGGAUAUGGGCCUGCGUAUGGAUCGCGUGAUGCGCAGGGGUUUCUUACUGGGCACGGACAUGGACAUGGUCAUGAUCCUGGGGAAGGGAGUUGGCGCGGGUCGUCCCCUUCGUCCACUAUGACUAGUUCGGCGACCGUUAUGAGUCCUGAGAGUACGGGGAGUGAGAAUGGCUCGGGUUCGGGUCCAGGCUCUGGCUCUGGGUUUCCUGUUGCCACGGGGUAUGUGCCGCAGGUUGCUGAUGUGGAUGGGUCGGGUGUAUCGGGCGAUGCGCUUGUCCUUGGACAUUCACUAGAAGACCCGACCAUGUCGGGCUGCUAUGCAGGCAAUCUUGGAGCGUCCUUUUCUCCGGGUGAUAUGUCCGGCGUCGUCCCAAUGACGGGUCUACCGCCGAGCGGGAUACCUACGAAAGAUGGGCUUGCUGGUUUACAUGCGCCAAUAUACAGAGCUGACGGGGUCGAGUAUCUUAUGAGUGACGGGGCUGAAACUCACCCGCGCUAUCCCGACCAGAGCGUCAACUAUCCCAUAUCAUCGACACAAUAUGGAGAGGAAGACAGGCCUGCAUUUCCUCAAUGGGGAGAUGUAUACAGCCAGCAACAAGGCCAAUUGCAACAAGGUUAUCCGCAUCAAACCCCGUCUCAUUCUUCUACCAACACCUUUGCCAACAUCUCGAAUAUCCACACAGCCAUCACCAAUCGGAAUCCCUAUACUGAUGCACCACCGUUUCCUCUCCCAACACCAACCCCUGCAAUAGCGGCCGAUCCUUCCAAUUUUCCCAAUCCCACUUCCCAACAUAUCCCCUCCCCAGCUAUCACGAACCACAUCCCGAACUCCUGGAAAGGACAGGGAAAGCAGGAGCUCCUGGAGACGCUCCUGGAGACGAUUGGCAGCUGCGACGAGCAGAGCGUCGCUCAGGUUGUACAAGUCGUCCGAACGAGCGCGUCACCCGAAGAGGCCGUUUCUGGGAUCUGUCGUGUUCUGGGGAUUGGGAAUGGGCGGUGA